GUGGAGAGAAAAGCAAAACACCAAUUCAUUGACCAACAUUUGGCGUGACUUUUGGUGUACUGCACAAUGGGGAUUUUGCUUCAAGUCAUUCUAGGAAUGUUCCUCUUGCUCUCAAGAAUACGCACAUCCCAUGCCAAGCUAGCCCACUGGAGACCUGCAGACACCACCCCCAAAUCCAGAGAAGUGCGUCGGUGGUUGGAGGUGUACUCUCGUAGUGUUUGUGAGCCCAGGGAUACCCUAGUGGAAGUAUGGCAGGAGUUGCCAGGGGAGACGCAUCACCUCUUCGUGCCCUCCUGUGUGUCAGUCCGCCGCUGUGGCGGGUGCUGCUCCGACGAGGCACUGGAGUGUGUGCCCUCACUCACACAAACUAUCACCAUGGAGUUAAUGAAGACCUCCUUUAUGAAGCAUGAGCUCAUCGAGCUGGACUUUGUUGAGCACAGCCAGUGUGAGUGCAGACUAAAACAGGAUCUUCAGUCAGCCCCAACCAGGCUGUUGGACUCUAAGGGAAUCCCCCAAAAAUGUCAUUUGAGGCAAUAA